AUGGAGAGGGUCAUCGGAGGAAAGUACAAAAUCGGUAAAAAAAUUGGGAGCGGAUCGUUCGGUGAAAUUCACAUUGGGGCACAUAUCGAGACUUGUGAAAUGGUAGCCAUCAAAAUGAUUCUGAUUCCACAUAAUUAUGAAAUUGAAGGUGGUUUUCCAAGAAUGAAAUGGUGUGGUACUGAUGGAGACAAUAAUGUUCUUGUUAUUGAACUUCUGGGACCGAGUCUUGAAGAUUUCUUUUUCUUCUGUGGGAGUAAAUUAUCACUCAAAACAGUUUUGAUGUUGGCUGAUCAGAUGCUUGCUCGGAUAGAGUAUUUGCACUCUAAAGGAUUUUUGCAUAGAGACAUCAAACCGGAUAACUUCCUUAUGGGUCUUGGGAAGAAAGCAAAUCAGACACUUUGCAAGUCAUAUCCUGUGGAGUUUGCUUCUUACUUUCACUAUUGUCGCUCUUUGACAUUUGAUCAACUACCAGAUUAUGGGCUUUUGAAACGUCUAUUUCGUAAUUUGUUCACUCGUGCAGGGUGGCAUUGCAUGGCUCCACUGGCUGUGCCUACCAGUAUUGAACCAGUGGAUGAGGAUAAUCAUAAAGGUAACUCCAGUCUUGUAUCAAGAGUUGUCAAUGGCUCCACUCAAAUUGCUGCAGAAACACCAUCAAUCAAAGUUGACCAUCAACGUGUUUUCAAAACAACGGCAUCUAAUGUUCAGAAUCAUAAUGCCAAGAUUCCAACAGAGAAACAUACUGUGAACAAUGGUUCAUCUAUGUCUACUGCUAUGCCAAGAGUAUCCACAGAAAAUGUGUCAAAACCAGUAAGGCAAGUAGGAACAUCAAACGUGGGUCAUCAUGGAAUUGGGAGUAAGACUGGUCGUUCAGGAAACAUUGUUCCUUCACUACGCCGAGUUUCAUCAACAAAACAAUAG